AUGUCAAACACGACGAUUCAAUUGUUUGGAAGGGGCAUUGAUACGAUAGUUGUGCAAGCAACUGGAAGUGGCAAGAGUUUGUGUUUUCAGUUGCCUUCUCUUUUCGAUCGCCAAAAAUUUGUUGUUGUAGUGACCCCAACUAUAUCAUUGAUAAAUUCACAAAUUGAGGAAUUGAAGAAACUAAACAUAGAUGCAAUCGCUCUAGGAAGAUCAGCAGGACAAGAUGCACAGCGUAAUGAUGACAGGUUGUUUUACAACAAUGGCACAAGUCCUCUUCCAUCACUUGUGUUCAUGUCUCCUGAGCAUUUUGUCAAUCGCGUUUGCUACAGUCUGGGAGAAAACAAAGAAAGCAUCAAGUUAUUAGUCUUAGAUGAGAUGCACAAAAUGUUUGAUAGGAACUCCAAUUUUCGUUUGUGCUAUGAUUUUUUCAAGGGAAUUAAAGAAAGGUUUCCUUGUGUACCAGUAAUGGCCCUAAUUGCCACCUUAAGUAAGGGUCAGUUGCAAAGCUUGUGCGUUGACUAUUUACAAAAUCCCGUCCUUAUUAAGAGUUUGAUUAAUCGCAGCAACAUCAAAUUAAACAUUAAAUCAUAUGUUCACACAAAAAAGAGUAAGUCAAGCGCAGAUGGGAAACUCAAGUUUGAAGGAAGGAAUUUGGUGUGCAUGUGCAACAGAUAUAAAGAACAUAACUGGUGA